AUGAGUUCCCUGCGAGAAGACUCCAUCCCGCAUGAGCUGCGUACUGCUGCCGAACCCCGGCAGAACCGACUAUACCCGGUGCGUCUGGCUCAUGUGGAGCAGGUGAAUCGAUCUAUCCGACUUCUACAAUUUGCGAUUCCGCGACAAGAACUGGAAAUUAAUGGUGAUGAACAACAGCCAUUCUCAUUCUUACCAGGCCAAUGGCUAGAUGUCCAUAUCCCAUCUAUUCCCAACGCUGGAGGCUUCACAAUCACAUCAACUCCAGCUGAUGCCCAAAUACUGCCACUACUUCAAAAUCCUGAAGCAGCUAUCAUUGAUGAAUCGGUCACUCCGUCUCCCCCUACCUUUGAGGGUAGAGAACCCUAUGUAGAAUUAGCUGUUCAGGACUCCCCAGGGAAUCCGGCUGCAGCGUGGCUCUGGAAGCCCAAAGAUGAUAUUAUCGGCAAGGGCGUGAAUAUUCGAGUUGGUGGUAGCUUUGUGUGGCCACCAAAUGGUCUAAACGCGAAGAAUGUCAAGAAUGUGGUAUUGAUUGCUGGUGGCGUGGGAAUCAAUCCAUUGAUUUCUAUAUUAUCCCAUCUGAACCAGAUCCAGAAUGCCCAACCGCUGAAUGUCCAUUUCUUAUACUCCAGUCGAGUUCCCCAGAACCAGGACACAAAAGCAACGGACUUCAUCCUGGAUCAGAUUCUUUUCCUACCGCGACUGCGCCAGAUCAUUCGUUCUCAGGGACCCUCAUCUCGACUUCACCUCUCUUUAAGUCUGUUCCUUACUAAUGCAUCUAAGGCUGGUUUCUCAUUGGAGUCGCCAGCUGAUCUUACAAUUUACCCUAGGCGGAUUCGCGAUGAGGAUCUUCGUCUUGCGAUUGAGGGCCAAAGGGGAGAGCUUGAUCCACAGGAAACAGUAGCUUAUGUAUGUGGGCCACCAGCUAUGACGGAUGAACUUGUUGAGCAAAUGCAGGAAAUUCUGGGAGAGGGUGGGAGUCAGAGAGUAUUUUUUGAAAAGUGGUGGUGA